AUCAUUGUAAGCGGCACCGCAACACUUCUUAUCGAUUCGCCAGAGGCAAGAGCGGCGGAAUUGCUUGAAGCGCCUGCCUUGUCUGACGUCACUUAGGCAAGAUGGCGACUGACUGGAGGUUGCCGAAAGCUGUAUGUGCAGAAGCUGAAAUUCCCUUUACCACUGAGGAGAGUGAUGAUGAGGGUGAACCCAUUGUUCCAAAAGAGCCAGAACUGGCGCCUGAGUUUAAAGUCCUUUGGCAAGAAGCCACGGAGAACCCAUACAACUUCAACGGCUGGACAAAAGUGUUGGAGUAUGUUGAGACAGCGAAUAACCUUGCAGCAGGCAGAAAAGUCUAUGAUGCUUUUCUCACACGGUUUCCAUAUUGUUAUGGGUACUGGAAGAAAUAUGCUGACCUAGAACUUCAGUUCCAUAAUACAACUGAGACUGAGGAGGUCUACAGCCGGGCACUGCAGUCUAUUCCACUUAGUUUGGAUUUGUGGAUAAACUACAUAGCAUUUCUCAAUAACAGCUUGGAUACAACACUGCCGGAAACCACUGAGAAACUGCAAGGAGCUUUCCGAUCUGGUGCUGCUGCUGCAGGCAUGGAAUUCCGCUCAGACAAAUUCUGGGAAAUGUAUAUCGAAUGGGAGACACGGCAAGGAAACCUCGCAAGAGCCACAGCAGUCUAUGAUCAAGUACUUAGUAUCCCCACCCAGCUGUACAGGCAGCAUCAUGAAAGAUUUUCGCAACAUGUCUCUACCAAUUCACCUCAUGAACUUCUUAGUCAAGAGGAAUAUAAGUGGAUCUGCUCCAAAAUCAAGGCUGAUGGGGAAAAUGAUCAACUCGCUGCAGAAGACUCCCCGUCUGGGGAUGAUCAGGAGAACCCAGAGGAUGCUACAGAUCCCGAAUUGCAGUCAAAAAUUAAAGCACAAGUCUUAACGAUAAGGGAUCAGUUAUUUCUCCUUAAUGAAGCAGAGGUCAGGAAACGGUGGAAUUAUGAAGAGGCGAUCACUCGUCCGUAUUUUCACGCAACACCAUUAGAUCACACCCAGUUGCAAAACUGGCGAAAAUACCUGGAGUUUGAAAUCUCUCAAGGUCGCCACGAGCGCAUUGUGACAUUGUAUGAACGAUGCCUGGUGGCCUGUGCAUUAUAUGAGGAAUUCUGGCUGGCUUAUGUCCAGUAUAUGGAGCCUCAUUCUAUUGAAGCUGCCCGUUGUAUAUUGCAACGAGCAUGUUGCAUUCAUUUGCCUUUAAAACCUACUCUGAGCUUACACUGGUCGGCGUUUGAGGAGAAGCAUGGACAAACGAACACUUCACGUUCAAUAUUGCGUGACCUGGAAAAUUUGAUGCCUGGGCUUGCCAUGGUUCGGUUAAGACGUGUGAGCCUGGAGAGGCGGACUGGGAAUUUAGAAGAGGCCGAACGUCUUUUGGAGGAAGCUGUAGAGAACAGUUUGGGUACAGAUCUAGCUGCCUUUUACUCCAUCAAGUUGGCAAGGCUAUUGCUAAAGCUUCAAGGAAACACAGAGAAGGCAAGAAAGGUUCUAACUGAAGCACUGGAGAGAGAACCAGAUAAUCCACGGCUGCACUUCUGUUUGCUCGAGCUUGAGGUGUCCAGAGAGGCCUCACAGGAAGAGGCAGAAGUAUUAUUAUGUGUGGAACGUGCGCUCAAAAGCAGUCUUUCGGAUGACAUCAAGAAAAUUAUGUCGCAAAGACGUCUCGAAUUCUUAGAAGACCAUGGCUCCAGUAUUACCAGUAUCCUUAGUGCCUAUGACGAGCAUCAAAAUUUACUGCAACAGGAAGAACUGAAGAGGGAGGCAGAGAAUGGGAGUGAAGAUGAAACAGAAGAAAAAAAACCCAAAACAGAAACAACAGUCGUUCACAUAUCCGCACCCCCUGUGCAUGUUAGCCGUAACCCUUUACUUCCUCGUCCUAUCAAUUACAAUACCCCACUUCCUUCUCCUGUAGUUUCAGCACCACCUUAUAGGCCAAUGAUGGGACCUCAUUUCAGACCGCCACCACAACCGUUCAGCUAUGGACCCUGGUAUCAGGGCUAUGCUGCAUAUAACCCAGCCCCAUGGAAUUACAACAGAUUUUAUCAUCCACAUUGAACAAACCAAUGAGUUUAUGCCUUGCAGGAGGCAACUUUAUGGGAACUGAUGGGCCGGGCCAGGAAGUAAUGAGAAGAUAGAGACUGAGCUUUCUUGUCACCAACUGCUUUCUUAUCAUUGGAAGAGAAUUGAUUCCUGCAUGGUACAGGAGCCUUUUCAUUAUUAGCCGAGGUUCUGUUUUGCUGAGCAUGUACCUUAAGGUUUCAAAAGCACCAUUACACAUACACAGUCUGAUUAUUUGUGUUGAAAACAAAUGUAAGUCCUGUAUAUAAGUUACAGCCGGCCAGUAGUGACUGUGAUGUUAUCACCAUCCCACUGUUGAUGAGAUAUGGACUAGGGAUGCACUGAAUCCAGGAUUCGGCCUUUUUCAGCAGGAUUCGGCCGAACCAAAUGCUAAUUUGCAUAUGCAAAUUAGGGGCGGACGGGCGGGAAAUCUCGUGACUUCUUGUCACAAAACAAGGAAGUAAAUUUUUCCCUUCACACACCUAAUUUGCAUAUGCAAAUUAGGAUUCGGUAUUUGGCCGAAUCUUUCACAAAGGAUUCGGGGGUUCGGCCGAAUCCAAAAUAGUGGAUUCGGUGCAUCCCUAAUAUGGACCAAUAAAGUUGGAGGAUUCUAGAUUAACAUCUAAGCUAUGACUUCUUCUCCGAUUUUGGAACAUUAAGUGGGGAAUGCAAUCUUGUUUGAGUACAUAGUAAAAAAAAAAAACAAAAAACAAACAAAGGUGUCAUAAUUUAUUUCCUGAAAACAAUGUAGUACAGAUAUUAUGGAUUAUUUUCAUAAUGUUCAGAAUCAUAAGGUUUGUUCCCUUCCAGCAGCAAGUAUUUUCUGGUGUGUGCGUUACUCUUGUUGCACUUCAGAUUUCUCAUCCGUAAAAAAACCCCCAAACAAUAGUCACAUUCUUCUCAGUCAAAAUCCCUUUUCUGCUAGCCAUGUCUGCAGUUCUUUAUCAUGGUAUCCUUUUAUUCUGAUUGUACCACUAAUCUCAUUGACUUGCGUAGGAGGAGUUUUCCCAGUCAGUUGUGUCAGAAAAUUUCGCACUUCCAGUUCCAGGGCCUACACAAAGAAAAUGAAGGUGUUUUCAUACAAGUAGACUUUUAUAUUAAAGAAAAGAAAAACGCUUUA